UUUUUGUCAAUUGUGAAAAGAUGGCCGCAAGAUACAGUUUAGAAGUAAGUAUUGCUUUUUAAAGUUAUUUUAGUCACUCUUUCGAAGUUGUGUCUUAAUAUUUACCCUUUGCAGAGUUAAUAUAGGACGUAUGCGUGGUGUUGAUAUCCAUUACGUUCGUCAGUGAAAGAAAGUAUCCAGUUAUUUGCCAAAAUCGUUUUUGCAUUGUCAUUUAGCCCAUUUAUAUAAAUACAUUCAAGUCUAGACCUUUUCAUGGUCAUCACUUGUUUCCAUCUACCAAACUGACGUGACGUCAUUUUCGGAAGAUGGAAGAGGUGUUAAUUAAAUGGCUAUGUAAUAAACCCUACCCCUACUCUAUAAACCUCUAACUGACUAACCCUGACCAAGUUAAUAAAAAAAAUCCAAAAAGAAACAACUUUAGAAAUUGAUCAAAUGACGUAAUGUCAGUUUGUUAGAUGGAAACAAGUGAAAACCCCUUUUCAUAUGUUCAAACGAGGCCAAGUAAACAGUAAACACGAUAAGCCUUUCUCACACCAUUUGUGGGUGGAAAACAUUGCAGAAUGACAAUAUGUGAAGCCCAGUGAAGGAAUUAUUUACACUUUUUACAGUUGUGAUUAACCAUAGUGCAUUUUUGUACAGUCUGAUCUGUGCACGAGCCCUCUUUUUAUUAUACAAACAGUUUAUUUAGGUCUUUAUUUCAUCCUACUGUAUGUUCUUGCAAAGCUUGAUUGUUGUGUCUUGAUAAUUUCUUAUACUCUGGAAUCAUGAAAAUAUAAAUAGUUGUCAAAUAAAAUUCUAUAUUUUUUAUACCGAAAUAUAAACAAAGCUUUUGUUUACAUAUGGACUGUACCGCAUCUUUAAGACCAGUGUGGAAAGUUUGUGUCACAUGGCAGAGAUAUCAGCCAUGCAAUUUUGAUGCUUUCUAUUUAUUUAAUAAAUUAUCUAAAUUUCCAGCACGCAAUCCAAACUUUCCAGUCAGGGGACCUCCUGCCACAGAUCUGUGACAGGAGGGAAUGCUGGGAAACUCCCGCCAAGUAACAUUUAGCAGAAGGUUUGGAAACAUUUAGUAGGAAGUAAAGCUAAUUGGGUAGAUAAUAAGUGGAAGCUUUUGUUUUGUAAAAAGAUGAUAAUUUUUGCUAAACAAUGGCUCACUGCCAUUGUUGGCAAGUAAAAUAAGUAUAAAACAUAAAAGGUCUGGAAAGUUUGUUCAAUGAAUUACUAGUAUGACAUGGCGGAGCACCCAUCUGGGGGAAAUGUGGCUGACAAAAAUUAUAGAAUGCAUACUGGGUGAUUGAAGUAAAUGGUACUCAUUAAAUAUAUACUGUGUUUCUACUUUACUAAAUUCAUUCCCAGGCCUCGAAUUUAGCGGCGGCCACUGGCCGUCGAUGCCCUGCUUGUUGGCCGCUAUGCCCUCGAAAUAUAGUGAAAUCCACGGCCAGUAGUGGCCUGCCCUCAACCCCAGACUACAGUACUUAGGCUUUAGAAUACCAAGUGUAUGAUUUGUAAAAUUGCCAAUAAAUUUAAAAUAGUAUUUAAAUGUACCUUUCCAUCAGUCUAUCUGUUGAAUCAUGUAUUAAAAUAUCCAUAGUUUUGUUUGGCAUUUUUUUUUUAAUAUUGUUGCUGUCCUGUAUAUUUUUCUUGUCUCAUGGAAAUUCAAACGUUAUUUGAAACUUCAAAAUAGCAACUGAAUAAAAUUUUGGCCUUGAAUCUUGAUGUCCUGUGUACUGGCCUUGAUGCCCUGAAAAAGUUAGUAACAUUCAAGGACAAACUGGCCUUGCCUUUAUUUUUCUCAAAUUCGAGGCCUGCAUUCCUUCUCUUGUUGCCUUCUACUUUCCUCGUGUGGUUUGCCACCAGUGGUGCCUAAAUUACUGUAAAAUUUUUACUCGAGUAAAAGUAGAAGUAAUUGACAAUAAAACGACUUGAGUAAGAGUAAAAAGUACUGGAAGCAAAACGUACUUAAGUAAAAAGUACAAAGUAUCCUUCAAAAAUACUUAAAGUAAAAGUACUAUUGUCUGUGGCAUGUAGGGGGGGGACUUCUUCAUUGAUGGAUUGAGAUACAAAAAAAAACACAAAACAGUACACACAUUAUAAAUAUGCAAUAUUUCACGGCAUGGUCUACUUUCCAGACCCCGUUGAAGAUAUAAGAAAUCCAUUAAAUAAAUAAUGCUUAUAAGUAAGCCACAAACGAGAGAUCCCAGACGCAUGUAGAGGUCCUAGUACCUUCCCAAAAUUAAAAUAAAUCAUGUAAAAUUAAAUAAAAGUUAGAGAAAGUAACGAAAUACUUCUCCACAAAAUGAAAAUAACGAAGUAAAACGUUACUUGUUAAAACAACUUCGUUCCAAGUAAAAGUACUCCAGAAAAAGUUUACUUUGUUACAUGCUGACUUCUCAAAAAUAGUACUUAAGUACAGUAACGAAGUACAUUUACUUCGUUACUUGACACCAAUGUAAGUGGUAGACAAGUCCAGGUCGCAUAGUGUUAGCCUGUGUGGCAGGCGGUUUUUAGGGAGGCGAUCAGAGACCCCUGACAGCAUCAAAGCUUUUUAUAAAUGUCAUUAAUUAAGUAAAUAUUCAAAUUAGCCACUCCCAUCCUAUUGUCAUUUAAUAGGCCACAUAAAAUAAAUUCCUUGAUUCUCAUCACCGCCUGACUGGCCCUGACUGUAUUUUAAAUUUGACUUAUAUUUCGUUAUACAAUAUAAAUGUACCGCCUGACAAAAUAAUUCAAGACAGUUAAGUUUUUUAUAUUUUAUAUUGGGUUUUUAGUGCCAUUUUAAACUGCCAAUUUCAAACAAACAGAAUCCUGAAAGAAAUUUCAUUGCAUUUUAUGCAUUUAGUUCAAACCUCAAGGGUUCAGUCAUUCAGUCGUGGAAAUACGUUGGAAAUUACAGAAAUGUGUAAUGUAAUAUGUUUAUUUCGGUUUGUGGCACUUCACUUCGAAAAUCACAGAAAUAUUAAAUGUUCGGAAUUAUUUUUUAUUUGUUGAUAAUCCUACCAAGUCUCACGAUUUAAUCGCGAGACUCACAAUUUUUUAUGCUUUGUCACGAUCUCACGAUUAAAUCCCCAAAUCUCACGAUUUUCGGCAAAAUCUCUGCUAAAACCACAAGUGAUUCCAAACACCUGUGGAAAAGAGACAUAUGCUAUUAUUUCGUGAGACUUGACACUGGAAGCUACUGAAGCCAUAAAGAAAAAACAGCCUAUUUUUAAUACGCCUUGCAUUACGUACGGUUAUGUUAACAAAAUAUAAAUGCAUACUAUCAUAAGAUUGAAUAUCUAUUGAUUAUUUUCUAGUGUUGUUACAGGUUAACCCUGCCCCUGGUCAUAUUAAUGAGAAAACCUGAAAAUUUCUAAGUCUCGCGAUUUUUCAGUCAAUCUCACGACUUUUUAGAUAGCAACUCACUAUUUCUGCUACCCAAGGGUUGGCAGGUCUGUCAGAUAUAUAAAUUAUAUAAAUAUAAAAUAUAAACCUUAACCUCCCGCCUCUGCGACAUUUUCAAAGUGUAGUGAUGAGAAAGAGUUUAUUUUAUGUGGCCUUAAACCAGGUCGAAGUUGUGAAGAAAUUUCUCCUAAUUUCUCCAUACCUUUCGCCGAUCAUAACUUCGGCCCCUUCGGACGUAUCUUCUUCGUAAUAGUCUUGUUCGAAACACUAUUUAGAGUAUUAUUUUCGAGCUUGUGUCUAUAAAUUUGCAUCUUUUAUUAUCGUAUUCCAUUUCUGGUCUGACUGUGAACUAAUUUCAAGACGUCAAAACAUUUGGUUAACGAUUAACAUUUAACCGUUGAUUGACAACUACCUAAAAAUACUAACCAAUCCUUUUUUUCCGUUCACCAGCGGACGGGCAAUUCAAAAACACCUAGUUUUGCGGCAGACGGUUUUCCUUUUCCUCCCUAAUUUUCGCUGCCCGUAGAAAAACCACCUGCCACGCAGGCUAGCAUAGUGUGAGAAUGGCUAAUUGAGUGAGAUCCACAUAUUGUUGCAUCUAGGGUGAGGUGGUUAAUCAAUAAACCGGAGGAAAACGAUUCAACCAAUGUUGUUCUAGCAAAAAAAAACCCGGGAAAAAUACAGAAAAAACUGGUUGAAUAUUGAAACAAAUACUUCCACAUAUUAGUGCAAAAUUGUGAAGCAUUGAAGCUAAGCAGAAAAGCGGAUCACUUUACCAUUAAUACUGGGCUGUUGCGGUAUUUGAAAAAAACAGAAACUGGGAAAAAAUACCGAUAUAUCUAUAUUUUUCGCGAUUGUGUUGCUUAAUUUGAUGCAAAAUUUUCUGUUUUCAAAUUACGCCAAACAACCGCGAUAUACCAAGAGAAAUGUCCGUUUUGGGAAUUGAAAAUGCAUACUUGCAUUGAUUAUCCGCACUCAGGAAGAAUCAUGUGUUAUAUUUUUGGCCGGGAAAUUUGUUUCAAAACAUGUUAUUCAACUGCAAAUUCGAAACAAAGAUUGUCCUAUAUCACCAGAUAAAUAAUGUCCAAUGAGGUUACAUAGUUUUUGUUUUUUUUCUAAAAGUUCACUUUUUGACCGGCGAAAUGACAUAUUACACCUUGCAACCUCAACGUGAGAAAACACAUUUUAGCUCUCGCUCUAACCUUAAUUAUGGAUUUUCCCACAGAGUUAGCACAUUGAUCGAUAAUAAUAUAAUAAUUAAAUAAUAAUAAUUUAUUAAAAACCAAUAUUGCAGCAAUAGCUGAAUUACAUUGGAUGAACUAAUUACAUAAUCUACAUAUUAAAUUGAUGCACAGAUGCAGGAAUAAAAGAAUUUCUAAAUCUAUUAGUAGAAUAGCGAGGUUCAACAAAAAGCCGCUUGUGUCUUAAUAAGUAUCUAGCAUUAACGUUAAAAGUUGGUAAAAGAUUGUACAAUUUGUGGUUUGGAUCGUUAAUAAUUGACCUGAAUAAUUUCUGACAGAGAGCUUGACGUCGAUCAGACAAGGGGCUGAGCUUUGUAAUCUCCAAGCCAUCACUGUAGGAUAUUUCCGGUCCUAAGAUGAUGAAAAGGGCUCUUUUUUGAAUACGUUCAAGAUCGUCGCUUAGACAUCUUGGCAGCGCAUAAUGGAAAGCAGGGGCAGCAUAUUCGAUGAUACUGCGAAUACAUGAACAAUAGAAAUAGAUCAUAUCGCCACAUGCGAGGUACUAGCUUUGGCACGUUCAGUGGCGUAACGGGAGGGUGUCAGGGUGUCCAGAGAUGGGGGGCCCCCGAACUUUAGGGGCCCCAAACAAAAAUGACCUUAAAAAAUUUGAUAGCACAUUUCUGGGGAAUUGAAUUAAUUGAAUUGAAUUGAAUAAAAAAAACCCAUUCUCUGGAAAAGGCAAAAUCCGUCGAGAAAUUUCCCGAAGCUGCGACGGAUUAAGUACGUCGCGGCUGAGGUAAAGGACGAGAUACUAGAAUGAAUUAAUUGCAAUUUCAUUGGAUAUGUCCGGAAAAAAUUUUGGACCCCUAAUGAUACAAUUGUUCCGAGAAAAAUUUUUGGAGCCUAUUUUUAGUGUUGCAAAGGGGCCCAAAGUGGCCGAUUGACGGAGGGCCCCCAGCGGUUGCGUUACGCCACUGGGCACGUUUAAGCAGUCAGUCAGUCAGUCAAAUCUUUAUUUAAGCACGGUAGCUUCAUCAGGUUUACAAAAAAGUUAUCUAUACAUUAAUAAGUUUAAAAAAAUUUUUCACGCCUAUGUUACAUUAAUAUUUAUACCUGUUUUCCAUGAAUGCCGUGUCUAUCGAAUAUGAUGUUUCAACAAUUGUCGAAAUUCAGUAAGAGAUUCCGCUUGUCUUAUAUUGCUAGGUAAGCUGUUCCAUAACACUGCACCACUAUAGCUAAAGCUAUUUUUAAGAUAAUUGGUGCGGGGUAAAGGAGCAGCAAGUUUGUUCACGAAGUCUCAAAGUAUAUAAGAAGUUACAUUAUUGCGAUUAGUAAAUUUAGAACAUAGAUAUUCGGGUGCAAGGUUAUUUAAAGAUUUGAAAACCAUCAAUGCUUUUUGAAAUUGGCGUUGUUGGUUUAGAUCAUCCCACCCUAGCUUUUCCAAUAAGCUAUUGGCAUCGGCGUCAAAGUUGGAAAAGGUCAACACCCGCAUUGCACGGUUUUGAAGUUUUUGAAGUUUGUUAGAUAACGUUUUCCCACAAUUUCCCCACACGACAUUACAAUAAUCAAAAUGUGGUUGUAUUAGAGCUUGGUAAAUAUGCCUCAAGAAGUACAAACGUUUGGAAGUUCUUUUAAUAACACACUCUAUGUGACUUUUCUAUUUCAUUUUGGGGGUUAUUAUCAGCACUUGAAAAAGCUUGAUAUGAGUAGCUUGCAUGCAUGACGUUUAAAUAUACAAACGUAAACGUGAUAUCAAUUAGACAAUAAUUCCGAAAAAUAUCGAUAUUCCAAUAUAUCGAAAAUUUCAAUAUCGAAUAGUCAGUAUUUAUAAAAAAACGAUAAUUAUCAGUCUAUCGAUAUACCGCAACAGCCUAUAGUUAAUACAAUUGUUUUUAAAACGAAAUUAUUGAAGGUGUUGCGUGAAGUUUAAUUUAACUGCAUGUAUAGUAUAUUUUGACAUAAGUAAUAAAAAAAUUAUUUGUUUUUUUUUCAGCCAGUUGGCCCAGUUUUUCGGUUUUUACCCUAAACCAGCUCACCUUAGUUACAUAUUAUGAAACAUUGUGUGUUCAUGACUCAUGAGAGAUGAGCCAGAUAUUUGCGUAGAUAAGAUCUCCAGAUCAUUAAAGUGUAUGAGCAUGCAUGCAAGUGCCACUCACAGCCACCUUUUGAAUUUGUGCCUGCACAAAUCUUGUUAAAAUCCUGACAUUUUAAUUUUAACUAUGGCCAGUACCUCUCAAAACCUAAAAUUGCAGCUAUGCUCUGAAAUUAUGAUUUUGCUUGCAGGCACUAAAUAAUACGGCCUGAAGGUCUCACCCUGGCUCUUGUGCUAGAUAGGAUCAAAGGGCUGAUUACAUGGAUCCCGGUUUCCCGGGCUGAAAUUUCAGCCAGGCCUAAGGAUAAAAUCCUAUUAAAACACAGCAAGCGAUUACAUGACAGAAACUUCAGCCCGGUUGAAGCUACCUGGCCUGAAAAUUUCGUCCCAGUUGACUGGGCUGAAAAUCGUCAUGUAAUCGACGGACAUUUAACUCAAUUCCCGAGCUGAAAUUUGCCAUGUAAUCGUGAAACAAUUUCAGCUCAGUUAACCAGCGUGAAAUUCAACCUAGGCUGAAAACUCCCCAUGUAAUCAGCCCCUAAGUCAAGUGGGUUAACUAUAUAUUUGUUAAAAUGUCAGAAUUUUUGAAAUUAAUGUAGCUGUUCAAAUUCAAAACUUGCACUUAAUGGUGCCUUUCACAUUACAUGCUUCAUCAGGGUAAACAGCUUUGCUUAUUUUGAUAUAUCGGUACUGAUGUUAGGUAGUGUAGCUUGAAAAUAUAAACAAGAAAAUUAAACAUUAAUAAACCUAAACAUGCAGUAAACAGUACAGUUAUGCAAUUUACUGAAUCACAACAAAAAUAUAACCUGUUUUUUACAGGGAAAAGAGCUUCCAUCAUUACUACCGAAACAAAAACCUCUUAGUGAAACCAAAGUGAAGGAAGGUCACUAUGGACCUGUGCCCGAUACUUUAAGACAAGGGUAAGAGUAUACAUGUAAACUGUAUGUGUAGAAAAUUGGUUAGUGAGAAUGUUUUAAACCUGAGGAUUACUGUAUAUUUUUUGUAUAUACAGUACAUGCACUACUUGUAAAUAUUGUGUGCAUGUGAAACUCAUGUGAAAUACAAACAAACAUGCUGUUUGUGAAACUCUUUCCAAACAAAAGUGUGAACUUUGCUGUAGUUAAAAGCAUAAAAAGUUAUAAAAUCCACAACGAUACUUGGAUGUGAUGUUUCAGGAAACGAUAAUAUAAAUAAACAACACAGAAUGUGAUGUUAUUAAAAUUAUAUAAAAAGGGCCAACGUCUUUGUUAGACCUUAGGGUGCCAUGCAGAGGGUUUUGUAUAUUUGACCCUUGUGUGGCAAUGCCCUGGUAUGCCCUACUGUUAAUACCAGGCGAUUUUACUCGCCAAGGGGAGAGUGCUGCCACUCAUUGGGUUAAUUCAAUACUUUUUUAAAGCACAUUUAAUAAAUUAUCUUGUGUAUACCAAAGCGUACCAAAGUUUGUCAAAUCUACAGUACAUUUAAUUUAUCUCCAAUGUGGUAUGGUAUUUACAGUAUAUAUGUUUGUUUUUAGAUUUUCUAGUGUACAGAAUGAUCUAUCAUGCUCACACCCUCUUGAGUAUUCAGAGAGAAAUGUAUGUAUCAUUUGUGUUUCUAACACAUCAGGCAGCAAGAUUGCAUAUAAGAACCCAUUACCUGAAUGAAAAACUGAUCUGACAUUAAGAUCAAUAAUUGUUUACAUGCAUCUCUGUUUAAUAACACAACACACCUUACACAGGUCCUUCAUUGAUAACAGAACUUUGUCCCAAUUUUUCGAGUUUCUCAAUGCAAGGAACUUUCCACAAGUGCACCUAUAAGUGGUUCAUUGUAUAAACUCAACCAGUUAAGCACAAAAUCACUAUAACAGAAUAAACUUUCAGAAAAAAUCCGUUUUUCUCACGUUUUUCUCAGCCAGUAACAUUCUUCCAAACAGUGAUUAAAGCAGUUUGCAAAAUUGCAAAAUUGUGAGACAUAAGAUCGAUGAACUAUUCAUGAAUAAAACCAUAAUCAUAAUAAUAUACAUGGAAUGAAUUAUUUAAUAUUUGAUAGCAGUAGUGGAAAAAGUAUCGGACCAUGGGACAUUGUUUUUAAUUUUUUGAUUUUCCCAAGAAAGAAAAAAUUGUAAUAAUUUUAUAAUUUAGAUAAAAGGAGAAAUUCAGAGGAAAAUUCACAUCAUGACCUCAUAAAUGCAAUUUUAAGUGGAUCCAUCUUAAUAGUGCGAUAGUGUAUAAAUGUAUUGGACUAUAGAAUGAUAUAACAAAUGUAUGGCAAAUGCAUUUUUAGCCAAUCUGGGACACCUGAUUUUCAAAAUAUCUUGGGGUGCAUGGAUCCUCCUGAUAGUGCCCCCUAGUAUAGUGCCCCCUAGUAUAGUGCCCUAGCUUUUUUGGCAUGCAUCUGUAUUUACCUUUCAUCAAACCCUUGAUGCAUGUUAUCCCUAAAUUAGUUUUAUGUUACAUUUUAAGAUUCUCAGUGCACUGAAAUAUUUUUUUUCUGUAAAAUAUAGCAUGACAUCCAGUUUGACAACUUGUUAGUGUCACACGGUUGCAGUAAACAGUUGCAGAAAAUUUUCAAUGUUCUCUUGCGGUCCCAGAAAGUAAAUAUUUUUCCCAUUCCUGUUUUGAUAGUAUCUUCAAGUCCAAGACAAAAGGGACAUGAUGAUGUUACGUGAUAUACAAGGUCUACAUGCUCCACUCAAGCUGCAGUUGGAAAGAUCACUAGCUUCGCAGGUAUUAUUUUGCAGUUCCAUAUGAUAAUUCCAUUUGGGUUUUAUAUAAACGAAAUUUUGUAUUAUGGCUGCCUCUCACAACGUUAUUGAAAUAUAACAUUUCUGAAAAUCCCUACUAGUAGUCCCCUUUUUGGCAAGGGUUGCAGAACUUGCAGGAGUGAACUUCAGAUAAACGCGCUUAACAGCUUCCGCAUAACUUAUUCCAGUAUCUUAAUAUACCAAAUUUACAACUACACGUAAUGAACUCUCCAUGGCCAUAUAAGUGUAUAGUUUGAGAAAAAGUCUUAAGUCUCCUCUCAAUAAGUUGUAAAGGGAGACUACAGAAAUAGUGCUGUGUUUCUUUUGUAUCAGUUCUUCCUGGCAGCAAAAUCCAAAAAUAAAAAAUAUCCUGUGUAUACCAAAUUGGAGAGACUUUCUGCAUAGCUAUAAGUUUCUGAUAUUGUGCUGUACUACCACCAUCAAUCUCCACGCUAGCCUGCAUGGCAGGCGGUCUAAAAUACCGCCUGCUGGGUUUGGCAGUGUAAUUUGAUAACCGCCCACUUUUUUGUCCGGGUCCAAUUAGCCAAUCAGCAAACACUAAAUAUAUUAAUAAUCAAACUGUCAAACUAUUUUAUUGUUUGGUCGCAAAAUUAGAAAUAUAAAAUAUCUCGAAAGAAACGCCAUUGAAAGUUUCAAUCACGACCUCUGAAUAACGACAAGAGGUAGAAAAGCAAGCGCGGAAAAUGUAAAUGACCACUGUCGUUUGUGUAUUAAGUGUGCUUUGAAACUAAAAUACGGGGCAAUAGAGAAAAUAUCUUAUAUAUCGUCGGAGAAAUUAUUUAUUUAAGGCAAGCAAAAGAAACGAUCACGACAGUGGCAAAACCUUGGCUGAAAUAAGCCGAAUUGUGUCCAGUUCAUUUAGGAAUCGAAGUUAGUUCUACCUCGGAACUAUCCGACCGAGUUUGUAAACCGUGUGGGCGAAAGAUCCGAAACGCAAGCGAACUGAUUGCCAUAUUAAUCAAACGAGACAUAAACGCGUUGCCUGUGUACGUAUCGAACAAAUAGACCGUUGUAUAUUAAAAGCCUCAGUUGCCAAUAUAAACUGUCUCGUCUCCCUAACGAAGCCGUGUGGUAAAGAAAGCCUUAAAAAGUUCAGAAAGUGAAGCGGCUAAUAGGCCUAGGCGCGCGCCGCGUAGUAGUCCUGUUAUAAAACCCGUUGCAAGAAAGGCUAUACGGCCGUCUGUAUUAAUUCUCGUUAUAUUUUCUCGCGCCAACAAGAACAAUGUAAAAAUCAAGCUUUUCCCAUAACCUGUAAGUAGAACGGCCAAAACAUUCUAUCCAAGGAGUAAAUCUUUAACUGCUAUCUCUUGCUCGCGUUUGACAAUCAGUUCGCGUUUCAACUUUCGAGAAGCGUUCAGUUUUACAACAGCUAAGCGAACGCAUUCAUUUGUGUAUAAGCGUAUUCACUUUUGAGUGACAGCGGCUCAGAACUCGCAGCCAAUCAUCAAUUGACCAUUUGCGUAAUAGACUAAAUUUUGAUCUAGACAAAAAUUUCAUCACAGCUUGAAAGAGCAUCACAAAAUUAGUAAUAUUCCAAAGUUUCGUUGCAAAAUGUUGUAAAAUGCGGAUAAUAUAGCCUUGCGAAGUUUGCAAUUUUCAGUCAUUUUAGAUUACAAAGGGGAAAUUGACAGCCCGAUACGCUUUGAGGCUGUCAAUUUUCCGUUUGUAAUCUAAAAUGACUGAAAAUUGCAAACUUCGCAAGGCUAUAUUAUCCGCAUUUUACUACAUUUCGCUACGAAACUUUGGAAUAUUACUAAUUCUGUGAUGCUCUUUCAAGCUGUGAUAAAAUUUUUGUCCAGACUUGUUUAGAUCAAAAUUUUGUCUAUUACGCAAAUGGUCAAUUCCCGUCCACUGGUGGAUGGGGAAUUCGAUUACACUGCCAAACCCAGCAGGCGGUCUUUCCCAGGCUUGCCCGAUUUUAGGGACCGCCUGCCAUGCAGGCUAUCUCCACGCAUGACAUGAUGAUAAUUUCAUUUCAAAAACAGAUCUGGAAUAUUUUAAAACAACAUUUGAACAAACUUAAUUUCAAUAUAUAUAUAAGAUGACAAAAAUUUCCUGCUGGAUGUAAGAAAAUUUCCUGUGAAGAUAUUCAAUUAAAAUUUCCUGGCAGCGGUGCUGCUGCCGGACAUUUGCUAGCACAGUUUUGUAUAGCCACACAACAAAAACGUGGAUAAGAUGGUCCUGUUCACAUAUCCGUGGGACAACCACUCCCUGGAGACAAGUCAUCCACCCUUUGAUAACUGCAUUACAAUAUUAUACAAAAUAUAAAAGUAUUUUACCAUUUAGAAACAACGGCUUCCAUGUCUUCCCAGUUCCAUGGUUGCUUUGGAAACACUUCUUGGAUUUGAUACAACAAUAGACUUUGACGACUUCCUUAAUGGUAAGCAUGAUGUGCUCAAGAUGUUUUGUUGUCUCGGUGGCAGAACAUCCAUAUAUUACCCAACCAUCAGAACUGAACCAGACAUUAGUACUGGAAUGCGGUGCCCAGUAGCACGCGGAAAACAGCACGUUGGCGGUUCAACAAGUGCACCACCAGCGCGAAGACAUGCUAUUUUAAAUAACUGCCAUGGGUUAUGAUCCCGAACUUACAGACGAAAAGGAAUACCGGAUAGAACGAAUAUUUUUGUUAACCACACAGCUCUAAAGGCCCAUUUCCACUCAGGAAAAUUUUGUAAAAUGUGAUUGGCCGACACAAAUAAACAAAUUUUCCGUCGGAAAAAAAUUUUGAAGUUGAAAAUUUGAUAAUUGAUAUUUUCUGAAAAUGAUAUUUUCUGAAAAUUUUCUGUCCAUGGAAAAUUUCCUUGAGUGGAAAUGGGCCUUAAUUACGGCACAAGAAUAAGAAGGUACAGCAGAAGUGUAACUCGAGUCGGUUCCCUUAUUGUUUUACGUCCAUGAAAAUUUUAACUCGCUCACGCCAUCCUAGUACAACCGGAAGUUUUUAUCAGGUUUUGGUAGGUGCAAAGUGCCGGUUGCACUAGCCAGGAUGGCGUGAUUGAUGACGAAUCGCUUGUAAAAACGCGGACAAAUACUUGCUUGAGUUACACUUCUGUUGUACCUUCUUAUUCUGUGAUUACGGUACUGAAUAUUUUGGGCUUGAAAAGGUCGUAUGGCACCAGCAAAAAUAAGUACACAGAUAGUUCCGCGUAUCUACGUGGUACGUGACUGAAAACAAAGAAGUACUGUACCAGACCGUAGUAGUCGUGAGCUUAUAAGCAAGCGACGUUUUUGUCAACACGGCCGAGAAUUGGUGUAACCAAUUUUGCCUGCAUUUUGCAUCAUAGCGCUUGUGUAAGUAAGCAAAAAACUUGAAAAAGCUUAUGUUUUAUCAUAUGUGUUGAAGAUUACCACAAACACAGUUUGUUUCUGAUACAAACACAGUUUUUAAUCCAGUCCCAUCGACAAUCUGACGAUCGUGUUGACAAAAACGUCGCUUGCUUAAGCUCACUAUAGACGUGCCUCUGCAUGGUGCGUUUUUGAUUGUGAUACGAACUUCCAUUUUUGUUUUCAUCAAUGCUGAAUGGAACUUUUCCGGGAGAAAAAUCAGAGAACGAUAAAACAGUAGAGGGAAACCAAACCAAACCAAAUUUAUAAUGCAUGAUCUGAUCCAAAAACCACACCAGUCAAUAAACAGCUUUAAAAAUAUAUAACGGAGAAUUUUGAUUUUAUUUCAUGAAUAUUUCUUCUCAUUUUUAGACCCUUACGAUUCAGAAAUUGCAAGAGAUGUCCACUCGGUGAUGGAAAACCAAUAAGUGCAUGGUGCUACGUAUACAUGUACUCUGCGUUUUCUGUAUCGUCUCCAAUAUACUUUCUUUCACGGAGUGAUUUUUUGUUAUAAAUAGAAAUACACAUAACAAGCAUGGCGAA